ACAGGCAAAGACAUGAGCGUGAUUGUAGAAGUUGAAAAAUUACCUCCAAAAGCGAGCAACUUUGAACGUACUGCUCUAAUCCAAUAUCGCUUAACGAUAAAUAAAUGCUCGCCAUUAUGUCCUCUGAAAAAUGUUCAUUGCAAGAAAUUCUGCAGCACCGUUUUACCCUUGAAACACGUUCAGUUCAUGGAGGACAUCAAAAAUCUCGAAAUUUACCGAGACGACAUUUGGGUCAUUACUUUUCCAAAAUGCGGAACAACUUGGGCUCAAGAAGCAAUUUGGCAGAUUUACAAUGGCGUCGAUUUGGACUCGGAAAAGUCGAAGGAAUCGCUUCGAACGAGAUUUCCUUUUAUGGAAUUUGCAUCGUUAAUUCCGGAUCAAAGCAAAAACUGGAUUGAUCAAGUGAGGAAUUCGCCUCGCCCGAGAUUUAUCAAGUCUCAUUUGCCAAUUUGUUUUCUUCCGGAGAACUUGUGGACGACAGCGAGGAAGAUAAUUUACGUCGCUCGUGAACCUAAAGAUGUUGCGGUUUCAUAUUUUCAUCAUUAUAGUAACCUUCGAACUUAUAAAGGGACUUCUGAGGAGUUUUUUGAACUUUUUCUCGAUGGAAUGGUUGAAGACGGAUGUUAUUGGACUCAUUUGGAACAAUUUAGCUUCAUUCGUCAUUUAAGAAACUUUAAAUUUAUCAAGUUCGAAGACAUGAAAAGAGAUCUAAAAGGAGUUCUUGUCGACUUAGCGAAAUUUCUGAAAAAAGAUCUUUCUGAAGAGCAAAUUGAACGUUUACUCAAACAUUUGAGCUUCAAUUCAAUGCGAAAUAAUCCAGCAGUUAAUUACUCUUUAAUGGCAGAUGCGAGUCAUGAUGAUGAUCGAGAUGAACGUUGCAAGAAAACUGGAUUUAAUUUCAUUAGAAAAGGCGAAAGUCAAUGCUUUAAAGAUGAAAUGUCGCCGGAAUUUGUUCAAAGAUUUGAUGAAAAAACCAACGAAAUAUUUGGUUCUUAUGAAGAUUUGUAAAAAAUCCUAAAAAUAUGCAAUAAAACUCAUUUUUAAAAAAUUUAAGGCGACGCCUUAAAAUUUUAAGACUUUGCCUUAAAUUUGUGAGACGAAU